GCCGGUUCUCGGGUUGCAGGCCUGCGGCUCCGGGCGGCCGCGGCCCUUCUCCGGGGCUCUGGUUCCGUCGUGGGGGCACUUCCUCAGAAGCGUGGGCUUCGUCGCCCAGGCGCGGCCGCGGCGGGCCCGUCUCCUAGACUCAGAGGCCCCACCUUUGCGCAUCUCUUUGCUGCCUGUGGCUGUGUGUCGUUUUGGAUGAAGUACACCGAGAAGUCCAGCCUCAUGCUUGUGUGGUUGGAAAGGAGUAUUUCAGAUGACUGCAGAUGGUGGGCCUGCUUCUAACCCAGAUCUCCAUCACAGAUACAUUCCAUGAGGGCAGGGAGCUUGUCUGCUGAGUGCAAGAUGGUUUUUCCAGGGCCUGGCACCUGGUAAUCCUACAGGCCCAAGUGACCCUCAGACUGGCACGAUGAAUGACUGGCACAGGAUUUUUGAUCAAAACGUGCUGGUACCUCCCCACCCACAGAGAGCACGUCAGCCUUUAAGGGAGUCAACAGCAUUUCAGUGUGUCCUGAAGUGGCUCGAUGGUCCGCUAAUUAAGCAGGGAGUGCUGGAGGUGCUGUCGGAGGUGGGAUGCCAUCUGCGCGUGUCUCUCUUUGAUGUCACCUACCGACACUUCUUUGGGAGGACGUUGAAGACUACAGUGAGGCCCGCUGAGCAGCUCUCAAGGCAGCCGUCCAGGAUCGUCUUCAACGAGCCCUUGUAUUUUCAUACGUCCUUAAACCACCCUAACAUUGUGGCUGUGGUAGAAGUGGUCACUGAAGGCAGGAAACGAGAUGGGACCCUCCAAGCUUUGUCAUGUGGGUUUGGAAUUCUUCGGAUCUUCAGCAGCAAACCGGAAUCUCCUACCUCUGCCUCCCAGGACAAACGGUUGAGACUGUAUCGUGGCACCCCGAGAGCCCUCCUGCACCCGCGUCUCCAGGACCCCAUAGAGCAAAACAAACACCUGACCCUCAUUGAGAGCUGUAGCCUGCAGUACACCCUGAGACCACACCCGCUCCUGGAGCCUGCGUUCCACCUUCUUCCCGAGAACCUUCUGGUGUCUGGUCUGCAGCAGAUCCCUGGCCUCCUCCCAGCUCAUGGAGAGACAGGUGACGCCCUCCGAAAGCCUCGCCUUCAGAAGUCUGUCACGUGGUACCUGGAUGAUUUAUUCUUCACUCUGUAUCCUUCCCUUGAGAAAUUUGAGGAAGAGCUUCUGGAACUCCUUAUCAGUGAUCACUUCCAGGAGGGGGCCAGCCCACAGGACGGCGGCACCCUGGAGAUCUUGGAGCGGCGCCUGUGUGUGGGCGUGCACAACGGGCUGGGCUUCGUGCAGAGGCCCCAGGUUGUGGUGCUGCUGCCCGAGAUGGAGGUGGCGUUGACACGCUCUGCCAGUUUCAGCAGGAAAGUUGGGUCCUCUUCGAAGGCCAGCUCUGGAAACCAGGCUCUUGUUUUGAGAAGCCGCCUCCGCCUCCCCGAGAUGGUCCGUCACCCCGCAUUCGCCAUCGUCUUUCAGCUGGAGUAUGUGUUUAACAGUCCUUCGGGAGUGGACGGCAAUGCAGCUUCCCUCACCUCUUUGUCCAGCUUGGCAUGUAUGCACCUGGUUCGCUGGGCUAUUUGGAACCCCGUCCUGGAAGCCAGCUCUGGGAGGGUGACGUUACCCCUACAGGGUGGGAUCCAGCCCAACCCCUCGCACCGCCUGGUCUAUAAGGUACCCCCAGCCAGCAUGAGCUCCGAAGAGGUGAAGCAGGUGGAGUCGGGGACCGUCCAGUUCCAGUACUCGCUGAGCCCAGAAGGACUCCUGGACACAUCCACAGGGCACGACAGUGGCCCCAAGGCAGAGCAGAGGCCCUCCAGGAAGCCAUCCACGUCCCCUUCAAGCCCGCCAGUGCCACUGCCCCAGGCGCUCACCACUCCCCAGGACUCGCCGGUGGGACCAGGGCUGUCGCUUUCCCAGCUAGCGGCUUCCCCGCAGCCCCAGGCCCAGCGCCGCUCGGCCACACGCUCUUCUUCGCAGCGACUGGGCUCUGAGCCCUCCCUGGCCCAGGCGCAGGAGCUCCCCUUGCAGGGGAGGAUCUCUCACCUGGAGGCUGACCUGAGCCAGACGUCCUCAGUCCUGGCAAUGUCCGUCGCUGAGCAGUUGCGGGAGCUGCCUUUCACACCUGUGCACGCCCCGGUCAUCGUGGGAGCCCAGACCAGGAGCUCUGGGAGUAAGCCCUCGCGAGCCUCGCUGGUGCUCCUGCAAUCCUCCGGCUUUCCUGAGAUUCUGGAUGCCAAUAAGCAACCAGCCGAGGCUGUAAACCCUGCAGAUCCUGUGAAAUUCAGCCCUCAAAAGGAAGAAUCAGAUUGUCUACAAAGCAACGAAAUAGUGCUGCAGUUUCUUGCCUUCAGCAGAGUGUCACAGGGCCGCUGGGGGCUGCCGUGGCCGAAGACCGUGCGCUUCACCUUCCAGUUCUACCGCUUCCCCCCCACGACAACGCCGCGGCUGCAGCUGGUCGAGCUGGACGGGACUGGGAAGACCAGCUUGGGCCCCCUGUCGCACCUGCUCGUCCUGAUCGAGAAGGACGGCUCCUAUGACGCUGGGUCUCCCGGCUUCCAGCUGAAGUACCUGGUGGAUCCUGGAUUCCUGAAACCUGGAGAGCAGCGCUGGUUCACUCACUACCUGGCUGUGCAGACCCUGCAGAUCGACGUCUGGGACGGUGACUCCUUGCUCCUCGUCGGAUCUGCGGCCGUGCAGAUGAAGCAUCUCCUCCGCCAAGGGCGGCCGGCUGUGCAGGUCUCACAUGAGCUUGAGGUCGUGGCGACUGAAUACGAGCAGGACACGAUGGUGGUGAGUGGAGACGUGACUGGUUUUGGCAGCGUCAAGCCCAUCGGUGUCCACACAGUGGUGAAGGGCCGACUGCACCUCACCUUGGCCAAUGUGGGUCGCUUGUGUGAACAGAGAGUGAGAGAUUGCAGCUUGCUGCCACCUUCCAGGUCCCGGGUCAUCUCCAAUGACGGAGCCAGCCGUUUCGAGGGAGGCAGCCUCCUCAUGCGUGGGGGCCCAAGACCGGUGAAAAAUGUGGUCCAAGCGCAGAAGCUGGCUGACGUGGACAGUGAGCUGGCCGCCCUGCUGUUCACCCACACUCAGCAGGGGCACAAGGGGCCCCGGGGUGCUGGCCGCGAGGGGGACGCCGUCCGCAGGCGCAAGCUGGAGCGGAUGAGGUCCGUGCGCCUACAGGAGUCCGGAGCAGAGCUCGGUGGCCCGAGGACCAGCGUGGCGGCUCAGCAGAGCGUCCGUGCACAGCACAUGCGCGACCUGCAGGUCAUCGCCGCCUACCGGGAGCGCACGAAGGCCGAGAGCAUCACCAGCGCGCUGAGCCUGUCUAUCACCACAUGGCACACGCUCUAUGCUACGCUGGGCACUGCCGAGUUCUUCGAGUUUGCUCUUAGGAACCCCCACAACAUGCAGCACACAGUGACCAUCGAGAUGGACAACCCUGAGCUCAGCCUCAUCCUGGACAGUCAGGAGUGGAGAUACUUCAAAGAGGCCGCCAACCUGCACACGCCGGUGGAGGAGGACAUGUUCCACCUGCAGGGUGGCCUCGCCCCCCAGCUCUUCCUGCGCCCCAGGGAGACCGCCCACAUCCCCUUCAAAUACCAGACCUUUUCCGUGGGCCAGCCAGCCUCCUCGCAGGUGUCUGCUGAGCUGAGGUCUGAGAAGGGCGCAGAUGCUGAAUCGCCUUUGAAGUCCAGCACGAUGCCCACUAAACAUGCCAAGGUCUUGUUCCGGGCGAGCGGCGGCAAGCCCAUCGCCGUGCUCUGCCUGACGGUGGAGCCCCAGCCCCAUGUCGUGGACCAGGUCUUCCGCUUCUACCACCCGGAGCUCACCUUCCUGAAGAAGGCUAUCCGCCUGCCGCCCUGGCACACACUUCCAGGCGCGCCCGUGGGCAGGCCCGGCGAGGACCCCCCAAUCCACGUCCGCUGCAGCGACCCGAACGUCGUCUGUGAGACCCAGGAUGUGGGCCCCGGGGAGCCGCGGGACGUGUUCCUGAAGGUCGCUAGCGGGCCAAGCCCAGAGAGCAAGGAUUUCUUUGUCACCAUUUAUGCGGAUCGCUGGCUGGCGACGCCCAUCCAGAUAUGGCAGGUCCACCUCCACUCCCUGCAGCGCGUGGACGUCUCCUGUGUCACAGGCCAGCGGACCCGCCUGUCCCUUGUCCUUCGGGGUACACAGGCAGUUAGGAACGUGAGAGCUUUCACUUCGCACCCCCAGGAGCUGACGACGGAUCCCAAAGGUGUCUUCGUGCUGCCACCUCAUGGGGUGCAGGACCUGCACGUGAGUGUGAGGCCCUGCCGGGCGGGCAGCCGGUUCGUCCACCUCAACCUGGUCGACGUGGACUACCACCAGCUGGUGGCCUCGUGGCUCGUCUGCCUCUCCUGCCGCACGCCGCUUAUUUCUAAGGCCUUUGAGAUCACGCUGGCUGCCGGGGAUGGGAAGGGCGCCAACAAGCGGAUCACCUACACCAACCCCUACCCCUCCCGCAGGACCUACCACCUGCACAGCGACCACCCUGAGCUGCUGCAGUUCAAGGAGGACUCCUUCCAGGUUGCAGGAGGAGAGACCUACACGAUCGGCCUGCGGUUUGCGCCCAGUCAGAGAGCCGGGGAGGAGGAGGUUCUGAUUUACAUCAACGACCACGAAGACAAGAACGAGGAGACGUUCUGCGUGAAGGUCGUGUAUCAGUAGGGGCGCCCGGCCCCGCGAGGCCCCCUGCGGCUGUCGACCCUUCUCCCCUCAGCUCACCUGCCCGCUGACCCGUGAACUUGGCCGAGGCAGGACGGGAUCACCGUGCCCCCGACCGUUUGCGGUGCCUGAGUGCAGUCAAGCUGCUGCGGCACCAACCGUCCUCAGGCGGGAAGGCAGCCACGGGUGCACGAGCCCGUUUCACGCAGGGGACUGUCACUGUCUGCAGCGCUUUGAUUUCCUUUUAGCAAAGUGUAUUUUAUGAAUCAUCUUAACUGAUAAAAUUAUGUUUUCUUACUGGAUUUUGUACAAAUAUGUUAUUUGCUAUAUUUUGUACUGGUAUUAUUUCGUAUCUUUUUUUAAAGUUAUAUGUGAAACAUUAAACUUCUAUAUAUUUUCUCUUU